UGUAAAUCUAAAAAUAUCUCUUUAAGUAGUCAUCUGUUUUUAUGCUUGUAUGAUCAUGUUAUAUUUCAGGUACUUGUUGAAAAUGACCCUGAGAAAAGUGACAUUAUUAACUUGUUUUUAGGUAUUUUUAGAGGAUCCUCACUUUUGGCAGCAUCAGUCACUCCUUGGCAUUAUAUUGAUGAAUAUAAUAUGAGCCUUCCUGUGAACCCAUCUAUAAGGCUACUGCAGUAUUACCAGAACAAUGGAAUUUUGAAGGAUUUUAAUCAGUUCUAUUUAAAUCUCACAAAAGCAAAUGAUUUAAAUAAAACUGCUAAGGGUCAGAACAACCUGUAUGAACUGCUGUACUCAUUUGCAAAAUUUUAUGGUGUUCAAGAUUUAUCCACAGAAUCUCUUGUUAAAGUAUACACAAGGCUGAAAACUGAUCAGAAUUUAUAUACUUCAUUUUUUAAUUUUUUAACUGCUGGGAAGGAAAGUGUUACUUGUGAUAAUUACUGUAAAAUUGCUCAACUUUGUUCUAUUGCUUGUACCAGUAGUGAACAAUAUACAUUUUGUAUGAAGAAUUCUGAUGGCAAAGAAAAGUUCCCUUGUUAUGGCAAUUUUGAUCUUAGUUUCAAAGUAAUAUUUAUGUAUGCAGCUGUAAUAAUUAUACCUAUUGGAAUUUUUGUGGGAUUCUUUUUCUAUUGUCACAGUAGAUGGGCAUUAAGAAAGGAACCAUUAUAUGAACCUUUGAUGAAUAUUCAAUAGCAAAUUUUUAGAAUAUCUAUAAAUAUGAUAUAUUUCUGAUAUUCUCAGAAAAGUGGAGAGAAAUGAUGUGCAUGAAUGAUAAUUUUCCCAUCAGCAUUGUUAUGCACAAUAUUUUAGGUAACUGAUCUGUUCCUAUUAAAAUAUAUGCCAUUUGAUCACUGUGAUAAUGUUACUUGGAAAUAAGAACUUUUCCUUUCUUAUUCUUUAUUUUACUUUAUACACCAUGUCAUUUUUCUUACAGUAUCAUAUAUUGUUGAAUUUAAAAUUCAAAAAUAAAUAUACUGUUUCAUAGUGUUC